ACGCGCAGAAUACUCAAAUUACUUUUUCGCAAGAAGUAGGUUGAAGUUACUGAGACUGAUGACUUGAGCUAAAAGUUGAACCAAGUCAAAGUUUGUGCGUAUAGAUUUUUACAGGAGACUACGAGGGUGUGCAAGGUUAUGACUGCCUGCUAAAGAUAUAUCUGGAAAAUUACUCUUGGAAAGAAAUUGGCUUGCUAGCUAUAAACAAGAACCGACAAUGAUAGCAUCGCAUCUGUUGGCUUACUACUUUACGGAACUCCACCAUGACCAGGUGCAAAAAGUGGACAAGUACCUAUACCAUCUCCGUCUGUCCGAGGAGAGCCUGAUGGAUGUGUCGGUGAGAUUCCGUCGGGAAAUGGACAAGGGCCUUGGUCGUGACACCAACCCUACGGCAGCUGUUAAGAUGCUGCCUACGUUUGUUCGCUCUACUCCCGAUGGAACAGAAAAGGGAGACUUUUUGGCCCUUGACCUUGGUGGGACCAACUUCCGUGUCCUGCUGGUGAAGGUCUCAGACAAUGGUAAGCAGAAGGUGCAAAUGGAGAACCAGAUCUACGUCAUUCCUGAGGGCCUGAUGAGGGGCAGCGGGACAGAGCUCUUCGACCACAUUGCGGAGUGUCUUGCCAACUUCCUGGAUAAGCUGGGCAUAAAAGACAAGAAACUUCCUCUCGGCUUCACAUUCUCCUUCCCCUGCCAGCAGAACAAGCUGGACGAGAGUAUCCUGGUGUCGUGGACUAAGGGGUUCAGGUCCAGUGGCGUGGAGGGGCAGGACGUGGUCAGCCUGCUAAGGAAAGCCAUCGCAAGGCGAGGGGACUUUGAUAUCGAUAUUGUAGCUGUGAUUAAUGACACUGUCGGCACCAUGAUGACCUGUGGCUAUGACGACCAUCACUGCGAAAUAGGUCUCAUCGUAGGCACCGGCACCAACGCCUGCUACAUGGAGGAGAUGCGGCACCUGGAGCUGGUGGAGGGCGACGAGGGCCGCAUGUGCGUCAACAUGGAAUGGGGCGCGUUCGGGGACGACGGCUCCCUCGACGACCUGCGCACCGACUUUGACCGCGAGAUCGACGCCGGCUCCCUCAACCCGGGGAGGCAGCUGUUUGAAAAGAUGAUCAGUGGCAUGUACAUGGGGGAGCUGGUCAGGCUGAUCCUGGUGAAGAUGGCCAAGGAACAGCUCCUGUUCCAGGGACACACCACCCCCUCCCUGCUCACCACGGGGCACUUCAAAACAAGCUUCGUCUCUGCCAUCGAGAACGACAAGGACAAGGACGGUCUGGUGAGUGCAGAGCAGGUGCUCCUGGAGCUGGGCCUGGCUCCGUCUGCCGAGGACUGCGUGGCCGCCCAGAGGGUGUGCCAGAUCGUGUCGACCCGCGCCGCCCACCUGUGUGCCGCCACGCUGGCCGCCGUGCUGAGGCAGAUCCGAGAUAACAAGGCGGCCGAGAGGCUGAGAACCACCAUCGGCGUCGACGGCUCCGUGUACAAAAGCCACCCGCAGUUCGCCCGGAGGCUCCACAAGCUGGUGCGACGGCUGGUGCCGGACUGCGACGUUCGCUUCCUGCGCUCGGAGGACGGCAGCGGGAAGGGCGCCGCCAUGGUGACGGCGGUGGCGUACCGCUUGGCGGCGCAGCAGACGGAGAGGCAGCGCAUCCUGGACUCGCUGCGGCUCGGCCGCGAGCAGCUGCUGGAGGUGAAGAGGAGGAUGGGGGAGGAAAUGACCCGAGGCCUGGACAGGAAGUCGCAUCAGGACGCCACCGUCAAAAUGCUGCCCACCUACGUCACGUCCACCCCCGACGGCACAGAGCGUGGAGACUACCUGGCUCUGGAUCUGGGCGGGACUAACUUCCGGGUGCUGCUGGUGCGCGUGCGGGGGGGCAAGAGACGCAGCGUGGAGAUGCACAACAAGAUCUACGCCAUCCCCCAGGACACCAUGCAGGGGACCGGAGAGGAGCUGUUUGACCACAUUGUGCAGUGCAUCGCUGAUUUCUUGGAGUACAUGGGCAUGAAAGGAGCAUCCCUCCCUCUGGGCUUUACAUUCUCCUUCCCCUGUCAUCAAAACAAACUAGACCAGGGUAUCCUGCUGAAGUGGACCAAGGGUUUCAAAGCCUCGGGCUGUGAGGGGGAGGAUGUGGUGGCUCUGCUGAAGGAUGCCAUCCGCCGUAGAGAGGAGUUUGACCUGGACGUGGUCGCCGUGGUGAACGACACCGUGGGGACCAUGAUGACCUGCGGCUACGAGGACCGCCUCUGUGAGGUGGGCCUCAUCGUAGGCACCGGCACAAACGCCUGCUACAUGGAGGAGAUGGAGAACGUGGAGCUGGUGGAGGGCGACGAGGGCCGCAUGUGCGUCAACAUGGAGUGGGGCGCGUUCGGCGAGCGUGGGGAGCUAGACGAGUUUUGCACCGAGUUUGACAGAGUGGUGGACGACCGGUCAACUAAUCCGGGCAAACAGAGGUAUGAGAAGAUGAUCAGUGGUAUGUACCUUGGGGAGGUGGUGAGGAACGUUCUGCUGGACUUCACCUCCAAGGGCUUGCUCUUCAGAGGCAAGCUGUCUGAGCGCCUCAAGACCAGAGGCAUAUUUGAGACCAAGUUUCUCUCCCAGAUCGAAAGUGACCGCCUGGCCCUGAGGCAGGUGCGCUCCAUCCUGCAGCACCUGGGCCUGACCAGCUCCACCUGUGAGGACAGCAUCCUGGUGAAGGAGGUAUGCAGCGUGGUGGCCCGCCGCGCCGCCCAGCUCUGUGGCGCCGGCAUGGCCGCCGUGGUCGACAAGAUCCGGCUCAACCGCAACCUGGAGCAUCUUCGUGUCACCGUGGGUGUGGACGGCACCCUGUACAAGCUGCACCCACAUUUCUCCAGUGUCAUGCACGACACAGUGUUGGAUCUCGCGCCACAGUGCGAGGUGACCUUCCUCCAGUCGGAGGACGGCAGCGGGAAGGGAGCGGCGCUCAUCACGGCGGUGGCAUGCAGGAUCAGGGACGCGGGCCAGCACUGAGGUGGCGCCACCGUGUGGAUGGGAGGAUAAAGGGAAACGGACUGAGAUGAUACGCUGAAAGAUUCUAUAUGCUUUGAUGAAAUGUUGCUGAUUUAGUUGGGUCUUCACAACGUACAGAAGAGACUGCAACUGAAUGAUACUUGAUGAGUGAUACUUGCAACUGAAUGUGACCAUUGAUACGUGUCUCUUUUAAAUGCAUUUCAUAAAAUAUAAUACUCUUAGAGUGUUGUCCUUAUCUUACUAAUGGAACAUGUCUGUCUUGAACUGAUUUAGGAAGGAGAAUUAACGUUCACACUAUUUGUUGGUUAGUAUAUUAGCUGUCAAGCGGUUUAGAAAACUCAUUUUAUUUCCCCUGUCAAUGUAGACCCAUAUUGUGAUUGUGACUCCUGCGGUUGUUCUGUGCCUGAAGGAUUUUCUUCCUCUUUGUUGAGACCAUCUCUUAGUCUUGAUUUGUUUAUAAGGAUAGCACAAUUCUUUAAUGUUGCUCUCUCUGACCUGUAUGUGGGUAGCACAUAAAUUUCGUUUUUUUUACAUAAUCCAGUUGAAACUGGUACCUGUAUGCUACCUCCAGCUAUAUAAUCAACAUACUGUGGUAAUAAUGACCAUUCAGUGAGAUUGCACAGUGCCUGUAUAGGAAGUGAUGCGUGCUCCAGAUGCAGAGCGGGAGCAGGUGGGUGGACAGCAGAAGAGACCAAAGAGGUCGAGUGCGGGGUGAAAUCAAGCAGUUGCCGGAGCCGAUCAACUGAGCAUCUGUGAUCUCAAACACCUCUUUGGAAAGACAGCUGCAACACGGGUUCAAAAAGGUCUUGCUCACAAGGAAGGGACUCUUAAGUCAUUCGAUCCAAAGAUAUUUUGAUAAAAGGUUUACCUUUUAAUUGUU